GAGCAUCGGAAGCUCUCCCUGGAGGAGGAGACGCUGUGGUUGCGAAUCCGCUCCUUAACGUUGAGGCUGGUGAGCGGGCUCCCAACCCUUGGUCACACCAUCCAACCAAAGAACUCUGAAAAGACUGCAGAGAACGGUGUCUCAUCCAAGAUCGACACCAUCCGAGCCCUGCUGCAGCAGCUGGAAGCGGCGGUGGAUUCAGGGAAGAAGUUUCUAGAACAAAAAAUCCAGUAUCCUGUCCUUGGCCCUCCUCCUACCCGAAUGGCUGGCUUCUUCAGCAAUGGCAGCUGUCAGUGCCAGACUAGCUUGUUUUAUCUUGUUAGUGAUAUUUAUGAACUAGAUACCAAUGGCUUAGAAGAUUCAGCAGAAAUCCAGGAAAGAAUAGGGAAUAGUUUCAAGUCUUUAGUAGAACGCCUGACAGACUUGUUCAAUAAAUGUAAAGGUGACUUGAUUGAAGUCAGAGAUGGCACCUUGAAAACUCAUCCUAACCUGUUAGAAAACUUAGUCUUCUUUGUUGAGACGAUCUCCAUUGCCCUGUGGGUAUCAAGUUACUGUGACAGUGUCCUCCGACCUUUUAAAUCCAACCUGCAAAAAAAGAAGAAGAAAAAAAAAGAGAGCAGUGUAGCAAUGCCACCUGUUUUUACCCAUUUCCUGGAUUAUGUAACUGAACUCCAGACAUUAACUUCCAAUGUAAUAGAUCAUAUCAAAGGGCUUGAAAUCAUUCUGACUGCACUAAAACUUGAAGAGCUGUCCCUCAAGGACACUCUGCUUUUACAGGUAAGAGAUUCCCUGAGCAAACACUGCUCCUCAGGAAUUUCCUUGUGCUGUUUGAGAUGUUGGAGAAAGUUUAAAAGGGGGAUUGAAACAGUUGCUGUGGAGUGA